GACUGGAUGGCAAUAGUUGCUCACUGCUGAGAGGGGAAAGCCAGAUCCACCCGAGCCCCACGUUCCAGAGAGAGAGAAAAAAUAAAAGAAAUCCCGGUCAAUGUCUAUUGUGGCACAGGGGCACUCGCUGUGGAGUCGGCCAGAGCUGCGCUUUCCCAAAAUAUGACCAAGGGUGCCUGGAUGUGUCGGCGGCAAGAGGACGGAUUAAAAAUCUGGUACGCACCCCGGCAGAACGACAAACCGUGCACAGAUUCGGAACGGGCCCAGAAAUGGCGACUGUCUUUAGCAUCUCUGUUGUUUUUCACAGUCCUGCUGUCUGAUCACUUGUGGUUAUGUGCUGAGGCGAAAUUGACAAGGACCAGAGACAACGAGCAGGACAUGUUGUCAGACAUGAGCGAUUACUCCACCACAGCAGACCCUUUACUUUCCCCCGUUUACCAUAGACCUAGAGACCCAACGAACAACAUCAGCAAAGACAAAAAUGCUAUUUUUAUAGGGAAUACUACCAAACCUCUGUGGCAACUAGAAGUGUGUCAUCCACAUAGUAUAUCUGACCAGUGUUUUAGUGUUGAAGAUGCUGAGUCUGUCUGUAGAAGCGUGAGUGGGGUAGUGAGGAACGAAUCCUCGCUACUGUCUUUCAAUAAUUUUCACCUUUUAUUUUGUGAAUCUUAUACUCUUUUGGAGUUGUUUGCCGGGAUGUCUAAUCCAGACAGCUUGAAUUGCAGCCUGAAUAUGGUUAUGAAUGGAGAUCUCGCUGUUUGCAGCAACUGCAUUCAGGCUUACCAGCGGUUAGACCAGCACGCUCAGGAGAAAUAUGAAGAGUUCGAGAUCUUGUUUCAGAAGUAUUUGCAAUCGGAAGAAUACUCUGUGAAAACUUGUAUUGAUGAAUGCAAGACUGUCUACAAAGCCUGGCUGUGUUCCCAAUAUUUUGAGGUCGCACAGUUUCACUGUAGCUCCAGAAUUCCUUGCAAGCAAUACUGUUUGGAAGUCCAGACCAGGUGUCCAUUUGUUUUACCAGACAAUGAUGAUCUCAUCUAUGGUGGAUUACCAAGUUUCAUCUGUACAGGGCUGCUUAACAAUCAUCCGACCAAUGCAGAGCCACAGUGCUGUGAUGUCAGAUGGGAGUCCCGUAAUUCAGUUUCAAAUAAAAAAUCCAAAGGGACUAAAGAAGCGAGCAACCCAAUGCUGUGUCACAGGUCAUCGCUUGCCUCAUCAGCAGCAUCGAGACUCUGUAACACUAGACUCAAACUGUGCGUUCUGGUACUUAUUCUGUUGCAUACGGUUGUGACAGUCUCUGCAGCACAGAAUAGUACUGGAUUGGGCUUUGGAGGGCUUGCUGCUUGGGAUGAAAACUCAACCAACGAUGAGUAAGGACAUGUGCUGUCAUUUGAUUUGCGCACUUACAGCCCCACUGAUUCAAGGACUAUGAUCGUAUC